UCUAAAGUUGAGACGCAAUAUUUCAUGGCUCUGAAUAUUCUCCUGAAUACACGAGGGGGAAAAUAAACGUCUGCUUCUCAAUCGAGUGAGUCUUCGUUUCUCACUUCACCUUUUUCUCCCACCCUUUGCAAUCGCCAUCCUUCCGCGGCGGGUUGGUGCGACCAUAUCCCCCCCCUCAUUCAACCAACGCCUCUUAACCCGGUCAAACGGAGCGCCCGCAUGAAACCGCAUUCGGUCACAUCGGCAUCGGCUCAUGCAUCAUUCUCAUACUCUUUUGAGUUGAGGAACAUCUCACCUCUCAUCCGCUAUUCACUUCUCUCCUUCAGUCAUUUUCCUUCACACCGACAAUGACUCGCAGAACCAAGAGCGCCGCCCGCAAGGCCCGGGAGAAGGCCGCAGCUGAGGAAGGAGGCGCCAAGCUGCAGAACGUGGAGAAGAUGAUGGGCGAGCUCACCAUCAAAAAGGAGGAGGGUGAUGAGGGUGAGAAGAAUGGCAACAAUGGAGGAGAAGGUGGCGCCGAUCUUCACGACAUUGAGGAGAUGAUGAUCCAGUUGAACAUCAAGAGGGAGGAGGAUGCCGACGGCGGCAGCAGAAACCACGACGGUCAUGAUCAGAAGGGCGAUGAUGCGAUCUUGGAUUGUGUUGAGCUGAAGGAGGCGUUGGAUGACCUCCAGAACCCCAAGAUUGUCGAUCCCAAGGAGGAGAAGAAGGCGAACGGCGAGAACAGCGCGCCAAGGAUGAACAGGAAGUUGACCGAGAAGGAGCAGGCGAAGGUUCAGACGAACCUCGUCGCGCGCUGGAAGGAGUACUUUGGCAAGAGAGAGCUGGCCGACUGGCAGCGUCUCUGCGGUGAUCUGGGUCUGGAAGCGGACUUGCCGACCAAGACCCAAUGCCGAAAGGCCCUGAAGACGGUCCACGUCAGCAUCAAGCAGUUCCUCAGUGUCGAGAACCGACCCGGCGAGGUCGAGUUCUUCAAGAAUCCCUCCCAGCUUGGACGGUAUUGCCGGAAGAACCGCAUGUUCAUGUCCAGCAAGGAGCUUCCCAAGGGCGAUCCGCUCCGCUCCCUACGGCGCAAGAUGAGAUUUUGAUGCUGGGAGGUUCUAAUGCUGAAAUGAGAGAUGAGUGAAAGGGCGACAUGGCGAGAGCACAGAGGACAGCCCGUUUUUGAUGCAGGAAGAUGGAAUUAAGACAGGCCCUCACGCCAGAUGAUAAACCUCAAUACACAAACAUGCC